UCGUUGAGUUAACCUCUCAGCUUUUUUUUCUCGUUUCGAUUCGAACCAAUCAGUCAUUAUCUCUCUUUCUCUAUCUCUCUACACCGAUUUCUUCUCUCACAUCACCACAGUGAUUUGUAUCUGCUAGAGGUUUUGCAUUGCAAUUUGGUUUGAGACUAAGCAGAGAUGGAGAAUUCUGAAAUCAAGGACUCAUCUCAAUGUGUCAGAGUUGCAGUUAAUAUUAGACCUCUUGUAACUGCAGAGCUUCUAGUUGGCUGCACAGACUGCAUUACUGUAGUUGCUGGUCAACCACAGGUUCAAAUUGGAUCGCAUGCAUUUACAUUUGAUCAUGUUUUCGGAAGCACAGCAAGUCCAUCUUUUAGAAUUUUUGAAGAGUGUGUUGCUCCCCUUGUUGAUGCACUAUUCCUUGGCUACAAUGGCACAGUUCUUGCAUAUGGCCAGACCGGGUCAGGAAAAACUUACACUAUGGGGACGAACUAUAACGGAGAAGAACAUAAUGGUGGAAUCAUUCCUAAAGUGAUGGAAACUAUAUUCUCAAGAGUAGAGUCGAGGAAAGACUCCACGGAAUUUUUAAUUAGAGUAUCAUUUAUUGAGAUUUUUAAGGAAGAGGUAUUUGAUCUUCUGGAUCCAAAUCCACCAGCUUUUUGUAGAGGUGAUGGGGGUUCUCAAGCAAAGCAUGCUGGAGUUGCAAGAUCUCCAAUUCAAAUCAGAGAAACCGUCAAUGGGGGUAUAACACUUGUUGGUGUAACGGAGGCGGAGGUUAGGACAAAAGAAGAGAUGGCUUCAUUUCUGCUGCGCGGUUCAUUAUCUCGGGCUACUGGAAGCACAAACAUGAAUGCCCAAUCAAGUCGUUCACAUGCCAUCUUUACAAUUUCCAUGGAGCAAAAGAAAAAUGCUUCUUGCCCAAGUGGAGAAAUGCAUGAUGAUGUUGGUGAUGAUAUAUUGUGUGCAAAACUUCACUUAGUGGAUCUCGCUGGUUCUGAACGAGCAAAACGGACAGGAGCAGAUGGGAUGCGUUUCCGGGAAGGAAUUCAUAUCAACAAGGGAUUGCUUUCUCUUGGCAACGUGAUAAGUGCUUUAGGUGACGAGAAGAAGCGGAAAGAAGGAGGCCAUGUUCCAUAUCGGGACAGCAAAUUAACACGGCUUUUACAGGAUUCCCUCGGAGGAAACAGCAAAACAGUUAUGAUAGCUUGCGUAAGUCCAGCAGACACAAAUGCGGAGGAGACUCUGAACACUUUGAAGUACGCAAAUCGUGCCCGCAACAUUCAGAACAAGGCAAUUAUCAACCGAGAUCCAAUGACAGCUCAGAUGCAAAGGAUGCGGAGCCAAAUUGAGCAAUUGCAGGCUGAGCUUCUUUUCUUUCGUGGAGAUGCUAGUUCACCAUUUGAGGAACUUCAGAUUCUCAAGCACAAGGUCUCUUUGCUUGAAGCAAGCAAUGCAGAUUUACAACGAGAACUUGAAGAACGUCAAAUUACUUGUGAGCAUCUGGCACAAUGCGCUAUUGAAGCUAAGGUUGAAAAAGAUAGACUGAUUAUGAACAUUGAGUCAGCUCGCAAUGGUAAAUCUUGGGAUGCAACGGACUUGAAUUCGAAUCAGGAUUGUGAUUUGUUGAAAACAUAUGUUGCAAAAAUUCAAGAACUAGAAGGAGAACUGUUGCACCUGCGAACUUCGAAUAGUUCAAGCCAUAAAGAAUUUAUUCAUCGUCUUGACUUGGAUGAUGGUGCACUUCCCUCGAAGAAUUCAUAUUUCACAAGUCUUCAUGAAAUUUCCAACAUGUCUGAUAGAAAAGUUUUGGACAUUCCUGUUGAGAUUGAAGACGAAGAGAAGGAGCUAGAACAUUCUUCUCUUCAAGAAAUGUUGGAUAGAGAACUUAGUGAAUUGGACAAAAAACUUCAGCAAAAGGAGGCUGAAAUGAAGCGGUUUGCAAGUGUUGACACCUCAGUUCUUAAACAACAUUACGAGAAGAAAGUUCAUGAACUGGAGCAAGAAAAAAGGUCUCUGCAGAGAGAGAUUGAGGAUCUGAGGCAUAAUCUUGCAAAUAUUUCUUCCACUUCUGAUGAAAGCUCUCAAAAACUGAAGGAAAAUUAUCUUCAAAAGUUGAAUGUUCUUGAAGCACAGGUUGCAGUGCUGAAAAAGAAGCAAGAUGCUCAAGCUCAACUCCUUAGACAAAAACAAAAAAGUGAUGAGGCAGCAAAACGUCUACACGACGAGAUUCAGAGAAUAAAGACUCAGAAGGUUCAACUACAACAAAAAAUCAAGCAGGAGUCUGAGCAGUUCAGGUCAUGGAAGGCAUCAAGGGAGAAAGAAGUUCUUCAGCUUAAGAAAGAGGGUAGAAGGAAUGAGUACGAGAUGCAUAAGCUAUUGGCUCUGAACCAGAGGCAAAAGAUGGUUUUGCAACGAAAGACAGAAGAGGCUGCUAUGGUUACAAAACGGCUAAAAGAGCUAUUAGAGUCUCGAAAGGCUUCAUUGCGUGAUACAUCGGGUGCUGGAAAUAGCAACGGUCCUGGAAUUCAGGCACUGAUGCAGGCAAUUGAGCAUGAACUUGAAGUAACAGUACGAGUACACGAAGUACGUUCAGAAUAUGAGCGUCAAAUGGAAGAGAGGGCUAGAAUGGCAAAGGAGGUCGCAGAGCUGAAGGAAGAAGCACAGCUUCUAAAGCAAACAAAUUUGAACAAUUGUUCCCAGACAAUGUCUCCUAGUGCAAGAAAUUCAAGGAUUUUUGCGCUUGAAAACAUGCUUGCCACUUCAUCCAGCACCCUCGUUUCUAUGGCAUCACAGUUGUCAGAAGCAGAAGAGAGUGAACGUGCAUUUAGUGGCCGGGGACGUUGGAACCAAGUUCGAUCUCUUGCUGAGGCAAAAAAUAUUAUGAAUUAUCUAUUUAAUAUAGCAUCCUCUUCUAGGUGCUCGUUAAGGGAUAAAGAAGUUGACUGCAGAGAGAAGGACUCAGAAAUAAGAGACCUGAAGGAAAAAGUAGUCACUCUAAUUAGACAGCUGGAAAUGCAGAAGGCUGAACUUGUUCGUCGGGAGAAGUUGCAGAAAUUAACUCCAAAAGAAACGUCCACUGAAUAUACAGUAAAUUCUGGGGCUUCCAUGGCAAACAGUGAAGAAGGGCAUUGCUCCUCAUUUUUUACGCACACAAAAUCACAAGGAAUCCGGAGCUCCAUUGUUUUAACAGAUGGAAAAAAUGUUGAGUCAUUGGAAGAUAUGGAUACUUCAGAAUCCGAGCAUUCAAGUGAUGAUGACUGCAAGUGGGAACAAUCUGAGUUAAUCACAAAUCAACGGCGACUCAAGAAAAGGAAUUCUAAAUAUGAAACAUGCUGCUCGUGUGGCAAACAAUCUUCAUGCAAGACGAUGAGAUGUGAAUGCCGAGCUGUUGGGGGCAAUUGUGGGAUGUCAUGUGGUUGCCAGGCCACGAAAUGCAGCAAUAGAGAAGUGGAUUUGAUUAAGGAAUCAGAUCACUUCCCACAAUCAAAACUAGCCGAAGUCACAGCAGAACUCGCUGAUGAAACAGAAAGGAGCCGCGCCCUCGUUUCUCAUGGUGCAAUGCUACUUCAAAAUGCACUAUCCGAGAAGCCUGCUGAGACAAAUGAUGACUGUGUGCAGAGAAGGAAGCCUUUAUCUGACAUUGGGAAUACAGCGGUCAAAUCAAAUGCGCCCAAACCCGAUCAGAGAAAGAAAUGGCGAAAAUCAGUAAUUCAGCUUGUUCCUGUAGCCGCACUUUCCUCUCAGCCAGAAAACACCGAAACCCCGAAGAAACCAGAGAGUAGCUUGGUGGUUGAGGCAGACGUGCCAUUAAAGUUGCCAAGAGCUAUGCGGUCUGCAGCCUCGAAUAGUAACAACCCGUUGAGAGAGAGGAAUGCUGAGCAGCAAGAUGCUUCUGUUGUUAAUAAAGAGGGUGGUCCUCCAGCUCUAAGAAGUCCACAGCUGCAGGCAAGAACGUUAGAGGACAAAGAAAACCGCGGUCUCUAAGCUGUUAUUCCUUCAAGAAAAGUUCCAGUUAUCUGAAAUGUCGAGAAUGUCAUGGCUGGUGAGGAUGGAUCAAACCUCUGCCGAUCAGGCUUCUCUGGUUGAUGUAGCAGAGGCAGGUAGGUUUGUGUAGUAAUUUAGAACCACAUUGAUUGGGUUGGUGGCAGUUUGUUCUACUGCUUCUCCCUAUUAUUGUAUUUGUUGUUUUGAAUGCAACGAAAGCUUCUUUUCAUGUAGGAGCCCUCCAUUAUCACUUCAAAAAUUAAAGUCCAUGGUCUACAUUUACUAUGUUGACACAGCAGGCUGUUCUGCCCUUUUGCCACUGUAUAACUCUGUGUUUUAAGUAAAACUAAGUGAAAAUUGUAUAAUCUAAUGAAAUUAUGAGGAUUGGAUAUUCAUUUGUUCCAUAA